UGGGAGCAUCACACUUCAUCUACCACCAUGUUCACUAAGACUGUUGUUGCCCUCGCCCUCGUGGCCAUUGCUGCCUCUGCUCCUUCUCAACCAGCCUAUGGCUAUGCUCCUCAGUCAACCUAUGAGGUCCCUGCCAAGUACGACUUCAACUAUGCAGUGAAGGACGACUACUCUGGCAACGACUUCGGUCACCAGGAAGCUCGCGAUGGUUACGAUACUCAGGGUUCUUACUACGUCCUCCUUUCCGACGGUCGCUGCAGAAGGUCGCCUACACUGUCAACGGUGACUCCGGUUACGUGGCCGAGGUCAGCUACGAGGGUGAGGCCCAGUACCCUGAGUACAAGCCUGCCUACAACGUUGUACCUGCCUACAAACCAGAACCUGCAUACGCCUAAAUGAAAUUCUAUAUAUUAUGAUAGAUAUUUAUUAAAAAGAAAGUCUAA